CUCUACGACACGACCAAGGCCUAUGACAAGCUGUACAUCGAUAAGUCCAUCAUGGACCACGCGAUGGACACCACGCCGACGGCUGCGUCGUCGCCCUACGACAGCCACCACAAGAUCAAGUCGUAUCCGGAGAUGCUCUACCCGACGAAGCCGCCGCCCGCGCCGCCCCAGCCGCCGCCGCCGCCGCACAUAGAUACCCACAUCGAUGACAACUCCUACGAGAAGCCUUACGACAAACCUUACGACAAGGGCUACGACAAACUCUACGACAAGGGCUGCGAGAAGACGUACAAGACGCUGGAGACGAUGACCGCGUCGUCGUACGACAGGUCGUACGAGGCGACGACGAAGGCGAUCGAGCCUGUCGAUUCGACGACCACUCACGAGAAGGUUCAGCCGCUGGAGACGACCACGACGACGACCUCCGUGCCCGAUGGGCAAGAGAGGACGUGUUCAGGGAACGGGAACAAGAAGGACGAGAACAGCAAAGAAAUUAACGAUAUUGACCCGAAUAAGAAGCCUCCCUACUCCUACGUGGCUCUCAUUGCCAUGGCGAUAAAGGAAAGUCCCGACAGAAAGCUUCAGCUGAGCGAAAUAUACCACUGGAUCGCGACCAAGUUCCCGUUUUACCAGCAGCAGAACGCCAAGGAGAAGCAAGGCUGGAAGAAUUCCAUCAGGCACAACCUCAGUCUCAACGAGUGCUUCGUCAAGAUCCCCCGGGAGGGAGGGGGAGGCGGCGGCAAGGGCAACUACUGGACGUUAGAUCCUCAGCACGAAGACAUGUUCGAACACGGGAACUACAAAAGACGCCGGAGAAUGAAAAGACCGAACUUGUACAGACACGCCUACACCUACCCAGAUUCCUACCUGGGAAUACCAACGAGGUCAUUCUUCUCUGCUUCUCCAGGCAGUGGCUGGGGCAUCCCACAGAUGCAGGGCAGUCAAAUAGGAGGAUACCCCCAAACCCCGAGGGCCCACACACCCCAUUCCUAUAGUUACACACAAAUGAAUCAGUUCCAAAGUGGAGUUCAGCUAAGCAAUGGGUACCAGCAAAUCGGAGGAUCUUUAGGCAGCUCUGCACUAGGGACAGCGCCCUUAGGAUCAGGCGCUCUACGUCCGGGCCUGCCCGCGCCCCUGGGGGGAGGAUUCCUAGGGGGCCAUUCCCCAGCCAUCUCCUCCCCGAGCAACAAUUCCUCCGGGUUAGGAUCCUCGCACUCGAUCUGGUCCUCGGGAUCGACCUCCUCUCUCUCCUCGGGCUUCGGGUCAAGCAGUUUCCUCAGUUCCAGCGGCUCCCUUGGAUCGUCCUCGGCUCCUUCGCUGCAGCCUUCCUUCGGGAGCAGUACAGGAGGCAACUACAACUCCGGCCUAAGUGCAUGCCCGAAACAAGGGGACACGCCCACUUCGUCACAGCUCACGCCCCUCCCUUAUUAUCACUACUGGACCACUGACCACAAGAUAUAACAGUCAGGACAUCGGGACAUCACAUUGCAAGACCGAGCUCGUGAACCUGUUUACCAGCCGUGAAAGAGAAAAUGCGCCUGCACGCGACACCAGCAAUAUCUCGCAGAUAGCCUUGGUCCCAUCUCAAUAGAGAAGAAAUCAACACAGUUCCAGGCAUAUUUCUAGAAACAGACGCUGUCCUGCGUCAUUUGUCGAUCUAAAAGGCAGCAAGGCUCUUACUUCAUCUGCUUCGCAUGGAGAACCGUGAAAGGAGCAUCAUCGUCAUCAGCAAAAACAAAAAGAGCGAUAACAACAAGGAAAAAGAAGUGAAAAGAAUUAGCUAGCCAUAUUUUCAGAAUACGUGAUUGGGUCUGGUUCUCGAGAAGUUUCUGAUGUCAGUGCGUUUAUUAUCGUUAUGAAGCAAUGAAAAACCAGAGUGGUAUUUUAUCCAUGACUUAAAAUUUUAUUAUUCCUUCAUCAGAUGACAAGUAGCUUGUCAACACUAAAAUUUUAAAUUCGACUCAAAGUGAGCUCAGUUUAGUUACACCAAAGCUUGUAAAUUACGACAAAAGCAUUUCUACUUAGCUUCAAUUCAAAACUUCGAGUGAGACUGAUGAAAAAUAUAUUCUAAUUCAGUUCUACGAAUGAUUACAUUAAUGUACCUAUAGUUCAAUGAAUAAAAGUACACGUGAUUUGAUAAUGGAAAAUUUAGAUGCAGGUGAAACAAGAAAUAAAUUCAUCUCUAUUUCUGCGAAUAAUACAAUUUUCUUAUUAUCAAAGAGUCACAUCUCUCACAGUUCUUGCAGUGAUAAACUCUGUGACAUCCAGACGCCCCACGAGAAUCCGACCCUUGAAUAUCGCGAGCAAUAUUUCACGUUUCGAGGAUUUCGAAGGAAGCUAUGAAGGAUACAUUUUAUGGGUCCCUAAAGGCAGGUCCUCUAGGAGAGAGAGAGAGAGAGAGAGAGAGAGAGAGAGAAGAGAGAGGUCCUUCUCCCCAACUCCUGCAGGAUCGUGUUUCAUGAACGUGAUCGAGAGGAAUUAUAUUCUUCUGGUGAUAAAAAAAGAAAAAGAAAAAAGGAACAGAGUUGAAGCCUCUAGUUGGAGAAAGGUCUGUUCAUGCACUGUGAAUAAUACUGUACAAUGUGAACUGCUUCCUGCUAGUUAUUCAUGAAUGUAUCCACACUGACUUAAAACCUCAAAGAAAAAGGGCUGCAUAAUCUAGUGAUUAUUCUUGAUACCAACUUCCUUUUGUUUCUAAGACAGUGGAAUCAUGACGCGACGGAGGUCUUUGGAAAUGUAUGUAAUUUCGGUCAAAAGUGCAAAAUAUUCCAGUGAAUACUGAAUCCGGUGAUGACUGAAAACGACAAACCGUAAAGUGCUUUAUGAUUGCAAAAAAUUAAGACUUUGUGAAAUAUUUCAGAAAAUGAAGAAUCAACUUAUAUAGCGAUGAUAGGUAGCAGUGGAUAACCAAAUUAUGUCAAAUUUCCUGGAUCAAAUUCCUCGCGAUAGUAAAAUACUGAAGUUAUCUCUGAUACUGAAUAACCUUUUUGAAAUACCUUUUUGCUAACAUCGAAUAAUGAAUUUCAUUGAUUUAUGGCAAAGCAUAUAAUUAUACUGAUUUUGCAGUGUUUCAAGAGGAAUUUGGAAAAUCAAUUCAUGUAAGAGGUUAAAGCACAAGUGGUGUGGUGUUUAGAAAUGGUGUAGUGAAUAACAACCCAUACAGUUGAGAAGUAUAACAACAAACGAUGGAAAUUCUUAGAUAAUUUGCCCCCCACAUUAAACAUGUGUUGAUGACUGAAUCUGACUGCCCAAAAUCAGAGGUGGGUGGGGGGGCAAGCACCUCAAUGACAAACUCGACUCUGCCUUACAGUUGAUUUCGUAGCUCAGCGCUUUUGUAUUCAGAAAAUGGUUUGGACUCACAUCUUGGUAAGGGACGGAACUUUUGCAAAUGUUCUUUAUUCAGAUUUUAAAGGGAAUAAUCCCAUUUUUAAGUGUCGUUGUAUAAGUGUGAAAUAUGUGAAAAAAAUACGUCAUUGGAAAGGUAUUCUUCCCGACAAGUGCAAUCAUAUUUAAGGGAGUGUGAAAUUAACAACUUGUGCACAGUAAGUUAAUAUGUUCUUAAAAUCUUCUUUCCUGCAAAGAGACGAAGAGAAAACAUUUAAACAGUAAAGUAAAUAUGCUAAAAUAGUGCGGUUUUGUUUGAAUAUCAACUUCUGAGUUCACGAACGGGGCGGAAGUGGUUUCGGUUACUCAAUAGUUUGGUAAACUAUUGGCAGAAGACAUUUUUUCUCAUAUGAGAUGAAAAUACGUAAUUUCUUUCCUUUUCAUGAUAAGAGGAAAACACUUGCGAUGUAGCCUAUUUAUUCUGGUGCCAUGAACUAUUUCAUAUCUGUUUGCUAUCUUUAGGAACGUAUUGCUUCGCAAACAAGUUCGCGCUCGCACCCGUUGGCGCGCGUACAUACGCACAUGAACACACGCACAUUAACGCAUACAUACAUACAUGAAUACAGAUAUAUUUAUUAUAUAAGAACAUUAAGCUACACAAGAAGAUACAAGCUUUAUUUUAUUGUGCAUUGUAUAAACACAACAAAAGCAUUUCAGAAUUUGUCUUUGCUAAACUGAAUUACAAAAAGCCGCCCAAACAGUGCCUUCAUUACAUCAAGUCACCACACUGAGUGAUGAGUUGAGUGCCACUUAUUCACAUCCAAAAUGUUCCCUGAAACGUUCAUACGGCUAAUGGCACUACGGAGACAGAUCUCUCCAAGAAGUAGAGUGCAAAUCAUUUCAAAUACCUUACAGGCCUAAAAAUUAGAUCCUGCCGUGUAAUAUCUAAACUGAUUAUAUACUGCCUACAAAACAUAAUUAUGAUAACCUAUCUAUUAAUAAGGAAUAGAAUACUGAAAGUAUUUACGUAUUUAAUUUCUGAAGCAGAAUGGCGUUGUGAUUUACUGUGGCCUUUGUCAAUCUACAAAUAAAAUUUAAUUCUAUCCUUUUUGAAUACCAUUUUAUGUUGUUGGAAAAAGCAAAGAAUCCAUCUUAGUGCCUUAUGCUUAAUGAAUGUAAUGUCUCAUUAUUUGGCUUAAAAAAAUCCCAGUCCAAUAUUUCGAAGAAGAGACGCUGAUUUUAUUUUUAUAUUUAAAAUUGACUUUACAUUACUCACACACAAACUACAAACAUUUAACACAGCCUGUAAAUAUGUUCUGUGUAGUUGCAUCACAUAGCUGUAGGCGUAUCUACACUGAAUAGGCCAAGCAAUGUAAUAUUUAGAAGAAAUAUUAAAUAUAUAUAAACAUAUAUGUAUAUGACGAAUUAUUUCCGUAUCAUGGAACCAUGUACUGUAUAUACAAAGCAUUUUCUUCCCUCUGUUUUUUUCUUUUUUUUUUCUCGAAGUGCCUUCACUCUACAUACUGUCGGCCGUCCAUUCAUUCAUGUAUAAGGUACGAACACUAAAAGCAAAAUCACCGGAACUCUUUACCUGUUGUAACGGACUCCUUCAUAAAACCUUUAUAACGGACUGACGAGUUGUUGGAUGAAAAUGGUGUGCGCCUUAUUUAACAACUUUCUGGUGGAUCCUAUACCAUGAUGUAUAUAUUUAAUACAAUAAAGGCAUUGCACAAAAAAUA